GCGACCCGGAAGCACGCCGCUCUCACGUCAACACACGUGUGGACUGAAAACGACGUAGAACCUCCAGAGAACCCGCUUAGAACCGUUCCACAGUGAGGAGAGCCGGUACCGGAGUCAUGUUGGAGCAGCUGGGUCUGAUCGGGACCCUCCGGGACGAGGACGAGAGUCCGGAAGAGCUCGACACCGAGUCCGAGACGGAGGAACAGCCGAUCGUCCUGAACAGGAAGAAGAAGUUAGGGAGUCGCGGUGUGAAAGACUUCAAUGCUGACUUUGAGUUUGCAGAGAGAGAUGGGCCGAGCCGUGGGGAAGAAUGGGCGAUGGAAGACGUCAUGAAACAGCUCAAGAACAAGAGAACCGCGACCACUCUGGACCAGAAAAUAGAUAAAAUCAGGAAGAAGAGGAAAGCUGAGGAGAAAUCGGUUGAGACUGACCCUGCUGAAGGUUCUUCAGCAAAGAACCAGGAAGAGGAGGAUGAAGAAGAAGAGAAGGAUGUGAAGCCUGUUGAAGGAGAGGCUGAUGGAGAUGAUGAUGAUGAUGAUGAGGAGGGAGAUGAUGAAGAUGAGUUUGAUUCAAGUGAUGAGCAGAUUCUGACCAAAUCAGACACCCUGAGAGACAAAGAACGACGGGGGAAGAGGAGGAAGAUGGGAGACGAGGCUCCGGAGUCGUACUACGAAGAUGCGUCUCAUUACGACGAUCAGCUGACCUUUGAUAACAUGAACCUGUCCCGACCCAUCCUGAAGGCGAUCACAGCUCUGGGCUUCAAGCAGCCGACUCCCAUCCAGAAGGCUUGCGUUCCCAUCGGCCUGCUGGGAAAAGACCUGUGUGCCUGCGCUGCUACUGGGACAGGAAAGACGGCAGCGUUCAUGCUCCCGGUGUUGGAGCGUUUGGUUUAUAAGCCCAGGACGUCCCAGGUGACCCGGGUCUUGAUUCUGGUUCCCACCAGAGAGCUGGGGAUCCAGGUUCACUCUGUGGCCCGUCAGCUCGCCCAGUUCACCUCCAUCACCACCUGCCUGGCUGUCGGUGGGUUGGACCUGAAGUCUCAGGAGGCGGCGUUGAGGGCGGGCCCAGACAUCCUGAUAGCUACACCUGGUCGACUGAUCGAUCAUCUCCACAACACGCCGACCUUUGAGCUGACUCACAUUGAGAUCCUGAUCCUGGACGAGGCCGACAGGAUGCUGGACGAGUACUUUGAGGAACAGAUGAAGGAGGUCAUCAGGUUGUGUUCCUACAACAGACAGACCAUGUUGUUCUCCGCCACCAUGACCGAGGAGGUGAAGGAUCUGGCGGCGGUCUCAUUGAAGCAGCCAAUCAGGAUCUUCGUUAACAGUAACACUGACGUUGCUCCGUUUCUGCGACAAGAGUUUGUCAGAAUCCGACAAAACAGAGAAGGAGACAGAGAGGCCGUGGUGGCUGCUCUGCUGACUCGGACGUUCCAGGAUCACGUGAUGUGUUUCACUCAGACCAGGAAACAAGCUCACAGACUGCACAUCCUGCUGGGACUGAUGGGACUCAAGGUUGGAGAACUGCACGGAGAACUGAGCCAGAACCAGAGACUGGAGAAUCUCAGGCGUUUUAAAGACGAUCAGAUCGAUAUCUUGGUGGCGACAGAUGUUGCAGCCAGAGGUCUGGACAUUGACGGAGUCAAAACGGUGAUAAACUUCACCAUGCCGAACACGCCGAAGCACUACGUUCACCGCGUCGGCCGAACGGCGAGAGCCGGUCGCUCGGGACGCUCGGUGUCUCUGGUCGGAGAGUCAGAGAGGAAGAUGCUGAAGGAGGUGGUGAAGGCGGCCAAGAACAGCGUGAAGGCUCGAGUCAUACCUCCAGAUGUCAUCCUGAAGUUCAGAGAUCUGAUCUCUAAACUGGAGAAAGACGUGGAAGCUGUGAUCAGGCUGGAGAGAGAGGAGAGAGAGAUGGCUGCGUCCGAGGCCAAGUUGAGCGUUGCUCAGAAGCGUCUCAAUGGGUCGGCCGAGUCCAUUCAAGCACAGCGAGUUUGGUUUCAGACUCAACAGGAGAGGAAACAGAGCCGUGAGUCGAAGGCUCUGCAGGAGUUCGAUCUUGCUCUGAGAGGGAAGAAGAAGAGAGAAAAGUUCUUGAACCAAGGCAAGAAGAAAGAGCUAACGUCUGAGGAGCGAGCUCAGUUCGAGAUCUUGAAGUCUCAGAUGUUCGCUGAGAGAGCGGCCAAGAGAGAGAGACGCCCGAAGAGAGCGAGAGCGAUGCCAGAAGAAGAGAUGCCGACUAAAGCCAAUCACAAAGCAGGAAAAGGAGGAAAAGGAGGAAAAGGAGGAAAGCAGUCCGUGUUUGACAAAGAGCUGACCAACACCAGCAGCAAGGCUCUGAAACACUACAGAGCUGGACCGUCAUUCGAAGACAGGAAGCGGCUCGGUAUUGAUAGGAAGCGUCCUGGCGGCUCCAGGUUCAAGAAGAAGAAGUAAAAGCCAAGAUGGCCGCCUUGAGAAGCAGUUUUUUCCUACGUGAAUUUUCCACGUCGUCUCUGUGUAUAUCUCUUACAGUUUUUUUGUUCAUUUAAGAAGUUUUAAAUAAAGUGUAAUUCUGUAUAAAAACA